UGUCUCUUAACUCGGUCCGGCCUUUGCCUCCAACAAUGCUCUCCGCCAGAGACCUGUACUGUUCUGCCCUUGCUCUCCUCUCUCGUCGGGGCACGGAAGGAGAACUGCAGGUGGGGCUCUUGCUAGGAUUCCACAGAAUGAGAACCCAGGAAACUCAAAGGGACUCCGGGCGCCAGUCUUUGCUCGCGCCGAUGCUUUCUGCACGGGAGAUGUCCCGAAAGUCUGCUUUAAGGCAGGCUGUUUUGGAACAAGGGUUGGGGUACUCUGAACAAGUAAUUCCUGUAACUGAGAAGAGUCACUUGGGGGGUAGGGAAGGAUUGUAUGCAAGUUAGAUGAAAAGGCUAGGGAGGGGGGGUGUUUCUGGCCGAGGUGCAUCUGACCCAGAGGCAGCUCCCAAGGAGGCAGGUGCGGAAGUGCACGGUCUUGUUGCCUGUCUUACAGUCUAGAGGAGGGGUCUGUGGGAGGGGUACUCCCGGAGUCUGGAAGUGGGGGGUCGAAAAGGAGGCAGUCGGGGGCUGGGCAUGGACUGGCUGGGGGUGGAGAGGAGGCGUGUGGGAGGCGGGGCGGAGGCGGCUGGAGCCCCCGGGAUCCUCCGGCCCAGCUCGGGCCCCCAGCACUCCGCGCCCGUCGCGCGCUGCUGCCACCUUCCCUGCAGCCACCGAAGGGACCCGAGUCGCCUUUCGUUUGCCCGGAGCCACGGAGAAUGGCACUGAGCCCCACGGGUCUCAGGGACCCCGGCGGCUGGGACUAGUUGCGAUCCCGACCCCUUUCCUUCGCCUCGCCUAGCUUCAGAGCCCGGAGCCCGCCCUCCCUCACGCCCCCUCCUCCUCUCCAAGCGGGCCGACUUCAGGGGUCCCACCGGGGCAGGGUCUAGUCCCUCCGGACGGAAAAGAGCGCGGGCUUUUCUUGUUUAUUUCCCCCUCCCCAUCUCGAACAGACACACUCGGGGGUCGGGGGUCGCCAGCCUCCUGUCGCAGCAAACCGAGCCGCGGGAGGCUACAGAGAGAUCUUGGGGUGCCGAAGAGAACGCCCGGAGCUGGCUUUCUCGGAGCGGGUGCGAUCUUUCACGCUUGCUUUCCAGACUUCUCCCCCAGCUCCCCGGUUUCGGAUGAGGAGUUCGGAGCCGCGGGAGGCGGACCGGGCGGAGCAGUGAGCUGAAGGAGUUCGGGUGAAGGGGUGCUGUGCUUCAACUCGGCGGUCCCCUUCCUGGCCCAGCUGGGGCAGUGAGUGGGGUAUCUUCUGCCUGCCUCUGCCGCCUGCUUCAGAGGGGGUGGGGACAGAGAUCCCCCACCCCCUUCACCCCCUACUGCCACCCGGGCUGGAGGAAGGAGUCUUUCCGAGGGGGGGAGGGGAACCUUGCGAGUCUCGAGAGGACAGAGCAGGACAUGCAGAAAUGUUUUCCUGAUGAUGUAUGGUAGUGUGUAUUCGAACACCACAGAAGUAAAGCUGCAGAUGACCCAGAGGGCAAUGGAAAGAUGCAUGGUCAUCAAGGAUACUUCUAAAAUUAUGAGUCUGGAUAAUUGGGAGAAUAGUAGUACCCUCGACAGAAAUAGAGAAGAUUGGAAGAAGGACCAGUUUAAGAAAAGAAAUGAUGAUCUAUUAGGAGCCCUUUCCUGGAAACUGUCAGUCCCAAACAUUUCCCCAAGACAUCGGAGUGGGGCAACACCUAGGAUGCCAGGGAUGCUGCUGCUAUUCUCCACUGCUCUGCUUUCCAGCUGUGUUCAGCUACUUGCAGAAGCUAACUCUUGGUGGUCUUUGGCCAUGAACCCAGUGCAAAGACCUGAAAUGUUCAUCAUUGGAGCCCAGCCUGUAUGUAGUCAACUGCCUGGGCUUUCCCCUGGCCAGAGGAAGCUUUGCCAGCUCUACCAGGAACAUAUGGCAUACAUUGGUGAAGGAGCCAAGAUAGGCAUCAAGGAGUGUCAGUAUCAGUUCCGGCAAAGACGCUGGAAUUGCAGCACUGUGGACAACACUUCUGUCUUUGGGAGGGUCAUGCAGAUAGGUAGUCGAGAGACGGCUUUCACAUAUGCUGUGAGUGCAGCUGGUGUGGUCAACGCCAUUAGCAGAGCUUGCCGAGAAGGCGAGCUUUCCACGUGUGGCUGUAGCAGGACUUCCCGGCCCAAGGAUUUGCCCCGGGACUGGCUGUGGGGUGGCUGUGGGGACAACGUAGAAUAUGGCUACCGCUUUGCCAAGGAGUUUGUGGAUGCUCGGGAGAGAGAGAAAAAUUUUGCCAAGGGCUCGGAGGAGCAAGGCCGUGUACUUAUGAAUCUGCAAAAUAAUGAGGCUGGUCGCAGGGCUGUAUACAAGAUGGCAGACGUGGCCUGUAAAUGCCACGGUGUCUCAGGAUCCUGUAGCCUCAAGACCUGCUGGUUACAGCUGGCUGAAUUCCGAAAGGUGGGAGACCAACUGAAGGAGAAGUAUGACAGCGCAGCUGCCAUGCGUAUCACUCGGAAAGGCAAACUAGAGCUGGUGAACAGCCGCUUCAACCAGCCCACCCCGGAGGACUUGGUCUAUGUAGACCCCAGUCCGGACUACUGCUUUCGCAAUGAGACCACUGGCUCGCUGGGCACUCAGGGCCGGCUCUGCAACAAGACCUCGGAGGGCACGGACGGCUGUGAGCUGAUGUGCUGCGGCCGGGGCUAUGACCAAUUCAAGAGUAUCCAGGUGGAGAGAUGCCACUGCAAGUUUCACUGGUGCUGCUUUGUCAAGUGCAAGAAAUGCACAGAAAUCGUUGACCAGUAUGUCUGUAAAUAAUUUGGCAGAGAAGCAUCACUCUUCUGGCCAUUCCCCGCUACUGCUUUUUCUACUCCCUCCCCCGCAAAAAAAUUUUUUAUUAUAUAAAUCUAUAUAAAUAUAUUUUAUAUUUCUAUAAAUAGAUGAAUGAUAAAUAAUUAAAAGAAGAAAUUUGAAAGGAAAUGCUUAUUUAAGAGGUACUGCUUCAGGAUCUCUCUGAGGAUUGGACUUGGCUGCUUUUCUACUCCUUGUAGAGGUUCCAGACAUUAGGAGUGGGGAGGUUUUUUUGGUCCCUUUAAUUGAUGUUCUCAGGAUAAGGGGUUAGGACCUUCCUACUACCACACAGUCUCAAAAAAGAGAGAGGGAUAGAAGGAGUGAGUUGAUGGAGAAGAAGACUGUUUCUAGCAGUCUGGAGUACUUGUAGGUUGGGUGGUUGUUCCACUCCUUCUACAGAGCCAAAGGCUCGGUGGGAAAUGGGUGGAGGGUUUUGUUCAAAAUGUAAAUUGCAUUGGUAAGAAGCCCGGUGCUUUCUCACUUCCCUUAGUGUAUGUGCAUAUGCAUGCAUACGUGUACAUAUGCACACCUAGAAAUCCCAGAUCCAGAACAGAAGUAUCAUCUUUUCCCCAGGACUGCCUGGGCACCUAAGAACCUCUGAUUUUUAUAGAUUCCAGUCUAGACUCAUCUUUCAAGUUUCCGGAUUAUUCCUUGUCCGCAGGUCUCCACACCUCACUACAAAUUCCCUGUUCCCAGAGAAAGAAAGGUCUUUUAAUCUGACCUUUGGGAAGGACAUACACUGUGAGUGCCUAGACUGCAAAAAAUCAGGCAUUAACACAGCUGGACUAAUUGAACUUCAUUGUGCUCCCUUAUGGGAAGCAGAAACUGGUGAUGCUGCUGCUGCUGCUUCUCCCAUCAAGAAGGGGGGCCACCCGAACUGAUCAUGAUGUGCAGAAAAGCCAUGAUUGGCUAGCUGACCUUAAUCCUUGUCUUUGUCCCAGAUGUAUAGUUUCUCUUUGGUAUUAAAUACCUUUCACUGAGAUUUCUCUCCA